AUUUUUGUUUGUUUUCCAUGAUAUGCUUAUGCAAAUAUUUGUGUCUUGUGCUCUCUGAAUUGUUUUGGAAAUUUUAAUUAACCUUUAAUGUUAUUUUGUUCUUUUCCUUAGUUGCUAAUGAAAAGUAGCAAUCUAGAUUUUCGUACUCAUAUCUGUUAUCAAUUCAAAAUAUUGCCUGUAUUUUUCUUUAUAGAAGUUAUACAAUUCAGUAAAUUUACUUGAAGGAGAAGUGCAAAAAAUAUUUAAACAUGUCAGAUUUAGUAAAGGAUAAUGCUGCAUUUUAUAUUUCUCUUUUAUCAGAAAUGCUCUAUUUGUAUAGAGAUGUAUGUAUUCCAUGGCGCAAACAUCAUGAGUCUGGAUUAAAUCAUGUUUUACCAAGUACACACAUAGAGAUGUAUGUGUUCUAUGUUGCAAACAAUAUGAGUCUGGAUUAAAUCAAUAUACUUGAAUGUAGAUAGAGUGGAGUCUAUAUUUUCUGUAAUAUAUCUUAUAAUAACUAGAAAAUUAUUUAUCAGAAUGGCCUCCACAAAGCAAAUACAUACUGUCAUUAUAUUUACAGUAUAAAGUGUAGACUGCAGAUAUUCUAUUUGUUUUUUAUGAUAUUGUGAAGGCUAUACUUUCUUGCCUUAAUCCUUAACUAAUGAAACGGUAAAACAUAGCUCUAUUUUUUUCUCGAACACGCAGGAGAGCUGCGUAUCAUUAUAUUAGUAGAAGAAAAAAGGAGUCAUACAUAGACCCAACACUCUGUCAUGUACAGGCGCAUGUACUCGCGUCGCCGCAGGGCGCGCGACGUCCGUCGCGCAGCAGAACGCGCUGAGCGCCUGGGUCAGCAGGGAAACAGGCUAGGCGGCUAGGAUUGUAGGGAAUAAAAGAUUUAGUUGGUUGUUUUCCUUUACUAGUUGGUUGCUUUCCUUUUUUAGUCCUAAAGUUUAGGAAGGUUUGUUGGGACUAAAGGCUAUAUAAGCCUGUGUAAUCAGACCUUGAGAUUUAUAAAAAAGAAAUAUCAAUCUAUCCUACCUCUUCUCUCUCAAGCCGGCGGCAGGGGGCAUAACCCGUCGACGUGCUCUAGGUCUGGGGGCAUAACCCGACCAGCAGCCACGGACAGAGGCUACGAACUCCGUAGCCGCGGUCCUCCUACCCUAGGUCUUGAGGACCUUGACACACUCUCUCUCACACACACACACCACAUCACCCCGUCCCUGAUUUCUAUUGCAAUAUCACCUAAAGCUGAGGUUACAUCGACCAAGUGUGCUAACUAAUUAAGACCCCCUAGCAGUGAGCAAGGAUAGACCCUUCGCUCCUGCCAAACACCCCCAGUGGGCAUCAUCUUUAGCAAUACUAAGGGCUGUGUUAAUGUUUGGUACAACCCCAUUGAAGGUACAGUCGUUCCGAUGCUUCCAGAUGCUCCAGGCGCCAAGAAUGACGAUAGAGUUUAAUCCUUUUCUCACAUCCCCAGCGGUGGCAGCCUCCGCUUUCUCCCACCAGUCCUCCCAGGCUGAAUCCCCAGGCUGAGGCGUGAGUGAAGAGAGUCCGACAUGCUGCAAUAGAGAGAACCAGAAUUGCCUAGCAAAAACACAUCCAAUUAGGAGGUGUUGAAUGCUUUCCUCUUCCUGGUCACAGAGCAGACAUUUGGUUGGGUGGGGAAGACCUCGUCGAGCAAGCCUAUCAACUGUCCAACAUCGGUUAUGAGCAACAAGCCACUUGAAAAAACGGCAUUUUGGAGGAGCCCAUGACUUCCAUAUUCUCUCAUAUGAUCUGAACUGUAUGGCGCCCUGGAAGAGUGCAUCAUAUGCAGACUUAGACGUGUAUUUACCUGAAGCUGAAAACCUCCAAAUGUGUUUGUCCUGUUCCCCUUCAUGAAGCUGAACAUUAGAUAAUUUAUCCCAUAAUUCCAGGUAUUCCAUCAGUGCUUCUACGGGUAUUCCGACUCCAAUAUCAUCAAUCCAUUUGUCAUCAGUCAUGGCCUCCAACACCGUACGCCUGCCUGUUCUUCUUUUAGGGACCAAACGAAAGAUUUUUGGUGCUAGUUCCUCGAUAUUUUUUCCACCGAGCCAUCUAUCAUUCCAGAACAGUGUGUUGGCUCCAUCUCCUACCUCAGUAAUCACUGCCAUAGAGAGGAGACCCUCCACCUCUUUGCCAACUUGAAGUGGUAGACUUGCCCAAGAUUUAUUUGGUUCAGCUUUUUUCAGCCAUGGCCAUCUAGCUCUGAGUGCUAAGCUCAGAGAUUUCAAGUCCGCAAUUCCCAGCCCCCCAAGUUCUUUAGAGCGACAAACUUUGGGCCAAGCGAUGAGGCAAUGUUCGCCAUUUGCUUCCUUUCUUCCUCUCCAUAGAAAUGCUCUUCUAAUUUUAUCAAUUGCCUUAAAAGCCCAUGACGGUAGCUCAGUUGCCAUGGCUAAAUAAACUAACAUUGCAGUUAGGACAUGUUGGACCUGCACCACCCUUCCUGCCUUUGUCAUUAGGUCUGCUCUCCAUCUUGGCAGUUGGUCUGCUAUUUUAUCAACAAUUGGUUGGACUUGGUUUUUGGUCAGCUUCUUGAUGGAGAGGGGCAGCCCAAGAUACUUGCACGGGAAUUCCUGAAUACCACAAGGUAGAAGACUUUGGAUAGUCCCCAUGUUUUCUUCGGAACACUGGAUUGGCAUUACAUUACUUUUGUGCACAUUUGUUUUGUCCCGAGGCCUCCCCAAAUAGCUGGAGCAUUCUCAAGGUAAGGGUGAUAUCUGCUGCUGCGGGCUGGAGGAAGAGAGCUACAUCAUCAGCAUAUAAUGAAAUUCUGUGUUGAACCAGCCUUCUAGCCAAAGGUUGCAAGAUUCCUUCCUCAUUGGCCUUUGUGACCAUCAAGUUUAGCACAUCCAUCACCAAGAUGAAAAGCAUUGGAGAAAGAGGAUCUCCCUGGCGGAGUCCUCUCCUAUGUUGAAUAGUUUCUGUUAGAAUAGGCGCCCUAUGGGCUGGCCAUGGGCCAUGGGCCUGGCACCCAAGCCUAUUUGGCUUGGCUGCUCAUUGUUAUAGUAAAUAGGAAUAGUACCACAUUGUCUACCCACAUGGGGUGUUAGUCCUAUGUAUCCUAUAUAAUCAGCCUAUGAGGCCCAAUGCAAUAUAUCAAUCAAUACCGAGACAUAUUUUCUCUCAUGGUAUCAACCGCCUUUUGAUCCUUUUCUCCGCUGCCCUAUCCGCACGCAGGCUAGGACCUCGCGACGCACUCCCGCGCGCAGCCUUCCCAACAGCGUCGCCAGCCCAGCCAUGGCAUCCACUCCACCAACCUCUCUGUCAGAUGCCACUGAUGCAACCUCUGCUGGGGCUGACGUCCAGGCUGAUGCAGUUGCCUAGCGCCUCGCCCAGGAGAAGGCCAACGCGGCUGCCGCCGCUGCUCAGCAUGCCGAGCGCGCACGCCAGGAGGCUCACGAUGCUGCUCUGGCACGCGCCAUCCAGGCCGAAGACGAAGCCAAGGCUGCUACCGCGGAGCGUGAUGCCGCUGCACAGCGCGCCAGCGAUGCCCUGUCACGGGCUGCCAAGGAGCGCGCGGCUGCUGCUGUCGCCCUCGCGCCGGAGUCUUCUGGUGCGUCAUCUGGAGGUACGCCGGUGCCUGAUCUGCGUGCAGCCAUGCUUCACCACGAAGCUGUGGCUCUCCUCCAACUCCACUCUCAGGCCGUUGCGGUCAGCAACAUCCGGAACCACGUCACCACCAUCCUCGACGUCGAUUCUGGUAAUUUCAGCCGUUGGUGUGAUCAAUUUCUCCUCAUCCUCGGCAAGUUUUCGCUUCAGGACCAUGUCCGCGAGGAUCCCCUAGACCCAAUCUCUCCUGAUUGCGCUCGGAUGGACUGCGUCGUCAAGUCCUGGAUCAUCGCCACGCUCACCGACGAUCUAGGCGAGAUCAUCUCCGCACGGGGCUCCACUGCCCGACACGCCUGGCUCGCCGUCGAGUCGCAGUUCCUCGGCAAUCGGGAGGCCCGCUCCAUUCAGCUGGAGACGCGGUUUCGCAACUUCGUCCAGAGCGACCUCUCCAUCACCGAGUACUGCCGCAAGCUGAAGAAGAUGGCCGAUGAUCUCACGGCCGUCGGCGAGGUCAUCUCUGACCGCACCCUCGUCCUCAACGUCAUCCGCGGCCUUAACGAGCGCUUCAGCCACGUCGGCACGCUCCUUCGCCGGGCCAAACCUUUCCCUACCUUCCUGGAGGCGCGUGAGGAUCUCGUCCUCGAGGAACUCACCAUGGAGAACCGCAAGGAAGCUCCAGCUGCUGCACUCGCCGCCUCCACCACCACCACCCCGGCCUCUGCGUCCUCUGGUCCGGGCUCCGAAGGCACUGAUGGGACCUCCAAGGCUCCCAACAACCGUCACAGCAAGCGCGGCGGUGGCGGCAAAGGCCACGGCAACAACAGCUCUUCAGGACAGGGCUCCAUACCUCCUGGUGGCACAACGCAGCAGCAGCAGCAGGCCACUGGACAGCAGCAGCAGACUGUCGGAGGGCGCCCUUGGCCCAGCUUCUACAAUCCUUGGUCCGGCACCAUCCAGAUGUGGCCAGGGGGCCCUCGUCCACCUCUGGCGCCCAUCCCGGUGCCCCCUCACCUCCAGGCGCAUCACCAGGCACAGCAGCAAGCGCAACAACAGGCCCUGCUUCCCCAGCAGCAGCAGCAGCAGGCGCUUGCUGCCCACCAGCAGGCUGCUCCCAUUGGUGCUGGACCAUGGGUCGCUCCGGGGUUUUACAACCCUAUGACCGGCCUCCCCUCCUAGGACUCGACGGAGCUCGUCGCGGCAUUCAACACGA